AAAGGGCAUAAAACCCUGUAGCUAGGGGCUCUCGAAAAAGGGAAGUAAGGGAUAUUCCUCCUCACCCUUUUUGAUUCCCAAACCCAAACACUGCAGUUGCAGAGACAGCGGCUUCUACCCUUAUCCACAACCAUAACCAGAGUCAAAUCCACUUCACCCUUCUGAGUUCCUCUUCAUUUUACACUGAUUUCGAUUUCUCUCAAGGAGUGUGCUGAAAGUAGUUAGAGGAUCCUCUGAUUGAGAUGGCUCAAUUGCUAUCAUCCUCUUACUCCUUGACUAUCUGCUUUAGAAAUAAACCUUACUUAAAACCUGUUAAGCAAUGCUCGACACCAUUUUCAAUAGCGGUUUCUUCCAAUAAUUCUAAACCUUCAUCUAGAGGGUUUUUCUUGCAAGAACAGAAGCUAAGAAAACAUUCUCUAUCAGUACAUGCUGCUGCAGUUUCAACUAGCCAGGAAACCCCAGUUCAAACUAGCUCUGGUAAUCCUUUUAAACCACAGAGAGUCAUGGUCAUUGGUGGAGAUGGAUACUGUGGUUGGGCAACUGCUCUCCACCUUUCUAACAAGGGCUAUGAGGUUGCCAUUGUUGACAGUCUUGUGCGACGCCUUUUUGAUCACCAGCUUGGACUGGAGUCUCUAACACCAAUUUCCUCCAUCCAGAAUCGUCUUCAGUGUUGGAAAUCUCUCACUGGAAAAAAUAUUGAGCUCUACAUUGGAGACAUAUGUGAUUUUGAGUUCUUAUCUGAAACCUUCAAGACAUUUGAACCUGAUGCUGUUGUCCACUUUGGGGAACAACGGUCUGCUCCUUACUCUAUGAUAGAUCGGUCAAGAGCUGUGUAUACCCAACAAAACAACGUUGUUGGGACACUGAAUGUGCUCUUUGCCAUAAAAGAGUUCAGAGAGCAGUGUCAUCUAGUUAAGCUUGGGACCAUGGGUGAAUAUGGGACCCCAAAUAUUGACAUUGAGGAAGGUUACAUUACCAUUACUCACAAUGGAAGAACAGACACGUUGCCAUAUCCCAAACAAGCUAGCUCAUUCUAUCAUCUAAGCAAGGUACAUGAUUCACAUAACAUAGCUUUCACUUGCAAAGCUUGGGGCAUUCGAGCAACUGACUUGAAUCAAGGAGUGGUAUAUGGGGUAAGGACAGAUGAGACUGCACUGCAUGAAGAGCUGUAAAACAGGUUUGAUUACGAUGGAAUAUUUGGAACUGCAUUAAACCGGUUCUGUGUUCAGGCUGCUGUUGGUCAUCCUCUGACUGUGUAUGGUAAAGGAGGCCAGACUAGGGGCUUCCUUGACAUAAGAGAUACAGUUCAAUGUGUUGAGCUUGCUAUUGCAAACCCUGCGAAGCCAGGGGAGUUCCGAGUCUUCAACCAAUUCACUGAGCAGUUUUCAGUGAAUCAGCUUGCCGACCUUGUUAACAAAGCUGGUGAGAAGCUGGGCCUUGAUGUGAAAACUAUCCAUGUGCCUAAUCCAAGAGUUGAGGCAGAAGAGCAUUACUACAAUUGCAAGAACACUAAACUUGUUGAUCUGGGACUCAAACCACACUUUCUUUCAGAUUCUCUCCUUGAUUCAGUGCUGAACUUCGCUGUUCAGUACAAGGACCGUGUUGACACUAAACAAAUUAUGCCUAGUGUGUCUUGGAAAAAAAUUGGAGUCAAAACAAAAACUGUUACAGCCUAAGAAGAUGGGGUAGUACAUGGCUGCAGGCAUAAUUGUAUAUCAUGCAUGAUGUGUUAGGUUAUGUUAUGCUGCAUUGCCAUGAAUACUAAAUUUUUUGUAUUAUAUGAUUUCUGUGAAACCUUCAUACUUCAUACCCUCUUUAUGUAGAGUACAUUUUCACGGUUCAA